UUACUAUAUUUUCCAAUGUGCCAAAUGAAUUAACCAAGUGUCACUAAAUUGUGAACGCUGAAUCCACUAUUUAUAAAUAGAAAUAUUCUAUAUGGUGAAAAAGUUAUAUGAAUGGGCUUAGGUAAAAAAAAAAACUAGUUGAAGCAACUUCCAUUGAACUCUCUCUAUAUAAACAUAUAUUCAUCCAGAGAGGACUAUAAGCAAACCAACAAAACAUAUAGUACUUAUUUUUUUAUUUUUAAAAAGAGAGAGUGAGAAUGGCAACCUCCGGAUCUUUUCCUUUUCUAACACCAAAGAUUUGUUAUUCUGGGGAGCUUGACAUUAAGUCUCCGGCUGACCGAUUCAUGAAACAUUUUAUCAGAGUGCACAAUAAUGUUUCAGUGGGGGAGUUGCAGUUCAUAGUCAAUGAGACUAAUUGGGAGGCAAGAACAGUUAUAGGGCAUAUUAUUGGGAAUGUAAUCUCGAAAAGCUACAAGAUGGUCGAAGCAACACUCACCGCCAUUCCUAGGGGAGACAUGACAUCUAGCGGCGUGGCAUGGACCGUCGUGUUCGAGAAGAUUGGCCUUGACGUCCAAGAUCGAGAGCAGAUCGUAGGCACUCUAGAAAAUCUCAUCGAGAAGAUUGACCGGAACCUUUAUCCAGAGCCAUGCCCACCUUGAAGUGAAAAAGGCAUUUGCCUAGGACUCCUUUAUAAUGUCAAAAUUUUGAGGCCCCUAAUUUCAAUUUUUUUUUGUAUUUAGUAAAUAUAAUUAGUUAGAUUUUUACCAGAUUCAGUUUUUGUUUGAAACCAUUUUUGUUAUAAUCUGUUUUAAUUAAAAUCCUAGAGACUUUAUUUAUU